UUUUGCAAAUUCCACCUGUUCGGCAUAAACCAUAAACCCCAGAAAAACUUGGGUCGUCUUCUUCUGUCUCUGUUUCUCGAAGGCGACCGAAGUUGAACUCCCAGUGAAUUCUCUCUGCUUACAGCCUCCGACUUACAAACUCGGCCCCUUCUGUCAAAGCUUCAGACACCCGACAAAUAAACUACUUCUCCUUCGCUUUGCCCUCCUUAUGGCCCCUGACGCUUCAGCUGCCCUUGCAGUGAGGGAUAAAGUUCAACAAUUUCUCAAUGCUGCUGUUACUGGGAAUCUUGAUCUCUUAAAGAAUUUGGCCGGGCAACUUGAUGAAGGGAAGGAUUUGGCAAAAACUGUGGCUGAUAUUAAGGAUGCCAACAAGCGAGGGGCCCUUCAUUUUGCGGCGAGAGAGGGCAAGACUGAGGUGUGCAAGUACUUGCUGGAGGAACUGAAGCUUGAUGUUGAUACAAAGGACGAAGACGGUGAGACUGCUCUUAUUCAUGCUGCUCGGCAAGGCCAUACUGAUACUGCAAAAUACCUGCUUGAUUCUGGUGCCAAUCCUGCUAUAGCCAGUGAUUUAGGGGCCACAGCUCUUCAUCAUUCCGCUGGACUAGGAGACAUUGAGUUACUGAGGUAUUUGAUCUCCAAAGGUGCUGAUGUUAAUUCCCAAAGUGAAGCUGGCACUCCUUUGAUUUGGGCUGCUGGUCAUGGUCAACAAGAUGCUGUGAAAGUUUUGUUAGAACACCAUGCUAAUCCAAAUUCUGAAAAUGAUGACAGUAUUACUCCUUUGUUAUCUUCUGUUGCGGCUGGUUCACUGCCAUGCUUAGAGUUAUUGAUUCAGGCUGGUGCCAAAGUAAAUAUUAGUGCAGGUGGUGCAACCCCUUUGCACAUUGCUGCUGAUAUUGGCAGCCCAGAGAUCUUACAAUUAUUGUUGAAAGCUGGAGCAGAUCCCAAUAUCACUGAUGAGGAUGGUUUGAAGCCUAUACAGGUCGCAGCUGCAAGAGGGAACCGCAGUGCUGUUGAGAUUCUCUUUCCCUUGACAUCAAAGCUUGAAACCAUCCCAAAAUGGACGGUUGACGGCAUACUUGAGUAUAUGCAAUCUGAAACAAGCAGACAACAGGAACAAGCUAGAAACUUGAAGGAACUUAAUGUGCCAAAAGACUCUACAUCACCGAAACAAGAGCUCCCCGAGGUGACCCCUGAAGCGAAGAAGAAAGCUGCAGAAGCAAAAUCAAGAGGAGAUGAUGCUUUCAAAACAAAGGAUUAUAAUAUGGCCAUUGAUGCAUAUACACAGGCAAUUGAUAUGGACCCGACCGAUGGUACUUUGUUUUCUAAUCGAAGCCUUUGUUGGAUGCGUCUUGGUCAACCUGAGUAUGCCUUAGCUGAUGCAAAGGCCUGCAGGGCAUUAAAACCAGAUUGGGCAAAAGCUUGCUACCGAGAAGGUGCAGCAUUGCGCCUAUUGCAGAAGUUUGAUGAAGCUGCCAAUUCUUUUUACGAAGGUGUCAGGCUGGACCCUGAAAAUCAGGCACUUGUAGAUGCUUUCAGAGAAGCGGUUGAAGCUGGAAGGAAAUUUCAUGGUGCUGAUAAACAGAAAUCAUAGUUUGCCGAAUGGUCGUAUCUUAAGCGAGUCAAAAGGUUGGAUUGAGAACAUUUCCUCUUCUUUUAUGAGAGUGGGUUGUGGUUUUAAUUAGGAACUGUGAGAUUGCUAGAGUAGUUGUUACUUAUAAAUGUGAGAAAUUUUUUGCCGUUGCUUCCUUUGUUCAGUUUUGUUAGUGACUGAUGUUUGCAGUAGUGUUAUUGUGAGGCACUUUUUUAUUUUCUAUUGUUCUUUCUUCUCUCUGGCUGCUUUUUUUAAAUAUAUAUAUCGGAUAUAUAGUCUCCCACAUUCAACUA